AAUGAGUAACGUGUUAGCAUUUUAAACAAAAAAAAUUUGAGUUGGUGUUUACGGAAAACACGGUGAGGUGGCCAAGAUAAAAGUUUUGCUUGGCUUUGUGAAUGAAACAUUAAAUCUGAAUAUAAUACUUUUCUUAACGAUCAAAAGCCGUAAUCAUGAAUUCAUGGCCAAAUGAUCUUCACGUCGAUUCCCUCCGUUUAGAGGCUGGAAGGGUUCCCUCAGCUAAUAACAUCCAUGCAUCCAAGACAAGCUGGUUGGGGACAUUGAGUCUAGCAUUUCAAAGUUUGGGGAUCAUUUAUGGGGACAUUGGAACUUCUCCAUUAUACGUUUAUGAUAGCACCUUCCCUGAUGGUAUCUCCAACAAACAAGACCUUCUUGGAUGCUUGUCUCUUAUCAUCUAUACUAUUUCACUUAUUGUCUUUGUCAAAUACAUCCUUGUUGUCUUAUGGGCUAAUGACAACGGUAACGGUGGCACAUGUGCAUUGUAUUCUUUGAUUUGCCGGCACUCGAAGGUGAGCUUAAUUCCAAAUCACCAACCAGAAGAUAUUGAAAUUUCCCAUUACAAACUUGAAACACGUUCCCGCCAAAAGAUUAAGCACAAAUUAGAGAAUAGUAAAUUUGCGAAACUUUUUCUAUUCAUUGUAACAAUCAUGGCAACCGCUAUGGUCAUCGGAGAUGGAAUUCUCACACCAUCCAUUUCAGUGCUUUCUGCAGUUAGCGGGAUAAGAACCAGGAGCUCAUCACUUGGCCAAGGUGCUGUUCUUGGGAUCUCAAUAGGAAUUCUGAUCAUUCUCUUUGGUGCCCAAAGAUUUGGCACUGAUAAAGUGGCCUAUGCGUUUGCCCCAAUUCUUUUGGUGUGGUUUUUACUCAUCGGAGGCAUAGGUCUUUACAACUUGAUCAAACAUGAUAUUGGUGUUUUGCGAGCCUUCAAUCCAAAGUACAUUGUAGAUUACAUGAAAAGGAAUGGUAAAGAAGGGUGGAUUUCUCUUGGUGGAAUCUUUAUGUGCAUUACAGGGGCUGAGGCCAUGUUUGCGGACUUGGGUCACUUCAAUGUAAGAGCAGUUCAAAUUAGUUUCACUUUCAUCACAUUUCCUACACUAGUAUGUGCAUACAGCGGACAAGCAGCAUAUCUCAGAAAGUUCCCUGAACAAAUUGGGAGUACCUUUUAUAACUCAACACCUGAUCUAAUGUUUUGGCCAACAUUUGCCGUGUCCGUCUGUGCUGCUAUCAUUGCAAGUCAGGCUAUGAUUUCAGGGGCAUAUGCUGUUAUCCAACAGUCACAAAAUUUAGGAUGCUUCCCUAGUGUUAAGGUCAUACAUACCUCUGCCAAGUAUGAAGGUCAAGUAUACAUACCUAAAGUCAACUACUUUCUUAUGAUCUCUUGUAUCCUAGUAUGUGCAGCCUUUAGAACCACAGAUAAUAUCGGUCAUGCUUAUGGAAUUGCUGUGUGCUUUGUAAUGCUAAUCACAACAGGCAUGGUUGCUCUCAUAAUGCUUGUAAUAUGGAAGACAAACAUAUUUUGGAUAGCUCUUUUCGUUGUGAUAUUUGGUGUCAUAGAGAUUCUGUAUUUAUCAUCCAUGCUAACUAAAUUCAUUCAAGGAGGCUUUCUUCCUUUGGCACUUGCUUUGUUCUUGAUGGCCAUUAUGGGCAUUUGGCAUUACACACACAGAAAAAGGUACUUAUUUGAGCUCAAGAACAAGGUUUCUGUUGAAUAUGUAAGAGAACUAGUAAGCAAAAGGGUUGUAUCUAGAAUUCCAGGAGUAUCACUGAUAUACUCAGGACUAGUUGAAGAAGUUCCACCAAUAUUUGCUCACGUUAUUGCCAACAUACCCCACAUUCAUUCUGUAGUAGUGUUUGUUUCCAUGAAGUCUAUUCCAAUUAGCAAAGUUGCAUUAGAUGAGAGAUUUCUUUUCAGACAAAUCCAACCAAAAGAGUAUAGAAUAUUUCGAUGUGUUGUUAGGUAUGGCUAUAACGACGUGAUUGGAGAACCAAACAAAUUUGAGCAACAACUAGUAGAACAACUAAAACAAUUUAUUCGCGAUCAAAAUGUUACUUAUUUAGGGGGAGUAGGAGGAGCUGAUGCUGAACAAACUAAUAACAACUUGUUAGUGAGUAGCCAACAACAAUCUAACAAUGAUUGUUUUGUAAAGGAUGGACAAGGUUCUUUCAGUAAACCAGCAUCAACUUCUUCAUAUCAAGGGGUGGAUAUGUCUCGUGCUUCAUCAGAUUCUAUUCAUUCACUUGAAAUGGAUAGUAGAAACUCUAGUCAAAAUCUGCAGGGAGUGGAAGAGGAGAUAUCUUUUGUGCAGAGAGCAAUGGAGAAAAAUGUGGUGUAUAUGCUGGGAGAAGCAGAAGUAGUGGCAGAGCCCAACUCAACCAUACUUAAGAAGAUAGUUAUCAAUCAUAUUUACAAUUUCUUGAGGAGAAACUUCAGACAAGGAGAAAAUUUAAUGGCAAUUCCACGUUCUAGGCUUCUAAGGAUUGGAAUGACAUAUGAGAUAUGACAACACACUUUGUGAGAUGCUCAAUGGAUAAUAUCAUAGAAAAUAUAAGUCAGUGUGAUAUAUUUUCUUGAGUUUAGGCAUGUCUGGUUCGAAUCUAGAACUCUCCCAUCAGUGUGUGAUGUGUGAUCUUGUUGUAAUUAGGAGAUUCCGUCACCCUAAGCUUUUGUUUACUAGUACAUAAAUAAAUGUUGUACUUCAAAUGGUGUGAUUUUAAAGUGUGUAAUUUGGUGAGAAUUUUCUUUUAUGUA